GAGAAAGAAAAAAAAAUGUCCCCCUCAUUCUUUCACCUUCUCUCUUUUCUCACUUUCAAUAUAUCCAUCAUCCAAACCAUAUAUUCUAUUUCAUUCGAUUCAGUUUUCGCAUGCAACGUUCAUUGACGAUGUUGCACACAUAUAUAGUACUAUAGAGCGAGUGCCUUGGAAAAAUUCAGGUAAUGAAUAUCUGACACACGAAAAAGAAGCCUCUGGACAUUGCAGGAUUGAGUACAACAGGAAGUGAAACAUAUGUGUGACAAUAGAACUGGUGAUGAAUAAGGAAUAAGAAGGAAAAAUGCCGACGCUUGAAGUAAACGAAACAAGAGAUAUAGUGUGCUAUUCAGCAGUUAUGAUAACAACGGAUGGGGUAUGGCACAAAGAAAAUCCUUUGCACUAUUCUCUCCCUCUCUUCAUCGUGCAAGUAAUGUUAGUUGUGAUUGUCACCCGCUUAUUUGUCUUCAUACUCAAGCCCUUUCGCCAGCCACGCGUUAUUUCUGAAAUCUUGGGAGGCAUAUUAUUGGGCCCUUCGUUGCUUGGGAAAAACAAAACAUUUGCAGAGCAAGUUUUUCCUAAAAGAAGUGUGAUAUUGAUUGAAACAAUGUCAAACGUUGGUAUCCUUUUUUUUAUGUUCUUGGUGGGAGUGGGGAUGGACACAUCAGCACUAAGUCGCAUAGGUAAAAAAGCAGUGGCCAUAGCAGUUGUUGGCAUGGUCUUGCCUUUCGCACUUGGAUCUUUGUUCGCUACCUUUUUCAUCCAACUCAGCAAGGAAGAACACAGAAGUCCCUCUUACAUCUUAUUCCUUGGUGUUGUUCUCUCUGUCACAGCAUUUCCUGUUCUUGCCAGAAUCCUUGCAGAGCUCAAACUAAUCAACACAGAGAUAGGAAACGUUGCUCUUUCAUCUGCAAUUGUUAAUGAUAUCAUUUCUUGGGUGCUCUUGGCCAUAUCCGUUACUAUGGUAGAGAAUGAUAAGCCUUCGGUGUCUGUCUUGUUGGUUUCCUUGACAAGUGCAGCGUUUGUUGCUUUAAAUGUUUUUGCUGUGAGACCUUUGAUCUUGUGGACAAUAAGGAGAACCCCAGAAGGUGAACCAUUCAGCGAUUUCUUUAUUUGCAUGAUAUUAUCAGGUCUCAUGAUCUCAGGUUUGAUCACGGAUGUUAUUGGAACCCAUGCUCUUUUUGGAGCUUUUGUGUUUGGGUUGGCAAUCCCAAAUGGACCACUCGGACUCACACUUGUGGAAAGGCUCGAGGACUUUAUGUCAAUACUUUUGCUGCCUCUAUUCUUCGCCUCUAGUGGCCUAAAGACUGAUCUAGGACUCCUCAAAGGGUUCGGCAUAUGGUCAGAGUUGCUCACUCUUGUUGGUUUAUCUUGCAUUGGCAAAAUCGUUGGAACUAUAGCCGUUGCAGUCUAUUAUCAAAUGUCAGUUCGUGAUGGAGUAGUCCUUGGCUUGCUCAUGAACACAAAAGGCAUCAUUGAAGUUAUCGUGCUUAACAUUGGCAAGGAACAAAAGGUUUUGUCUGAAGAAUCAUUCGCAUCCAUGGUGAUUAUAACCAUAAUAAUGACUGGAAUAAUUGUACCUGGGAUAACAGCUAUAUACAAACCAUCAAGAGGGAUCAUAUCCUACAAAAGAAGAACCAUUCAGGCGUCACACAGAGAUGCAGAGUUCAGAGUCCUAGUGUGCAUCCACACCCCUAAGAACGUGCCAACAAUGAUUAACCUCCUUGACGCCACUAACCCAUCAAAGACGUCUCCAAUAUGCAUUUAUGUGCUCCAUUUGACCGAACUCACUGGCCAUGCAUCUGCAUUACUCAUUGUUCAUAACCAGAACGCUAGGAAAUCAGAUCAAACCCCCUAUAAUAGGCCUCAAGCCGUAUCUGACCACAUAAUCAACGCCUUUGAAAUCUACGAGCAAAAUUCUUCUAACAUCUCAGUGCAGCCCUUGACCGCAAUCUCCCCUUACUCAAGCAUGCAUGAGGACGUAUGUAACCUAGCUCAAGACAAGCGUGUGGCCUUCAUAAUCCUCCCUUUCCACAAACAACAAACGGUUGAUGGUGGAAUGGAGGCUACGAACAUGCCAUUUCGCAACGUGAACCGCAAUGUUCUAGCCAAAGCACCUUGCUCAGUGGGCAUCCUAGUGGAUAGAGGCUUAACUGUAUCCAACCAUUUGCGUCCAGACCAAAAGUCUCACCACGUGGCAGUGUUGUUCUUUGGAGGGCCUGAUGACAGAGAAGCAUUGAGCUAUGGUUGGAGGAUGUCAGAAAAUGAAGGGAUAUUCCUCUCUGUGAUGCGUUUUGUUAAUGGGGAAGAAGUGAAUCAUGAUCACAGUGGGCACACUGAUGAACCAGGGGUACUAACAGUGGAAACGGAUAAGGACACUCAGAAGCAACUUGAUGAGAAGCUUAUAGAGUGGUUUAGGACGAGUCAUUUGGAUGAUGAUUCGGUUGUUUACUUUGAGAAAAUGGUUAGCAAUGGGGAGCAGACAAUGGCAGCAAUUAGGUCAAUGGAUGAUAUUCAUGACCUUUUCAUAAUUGGGAAAGGGCGUGGAAUGACAUCACCACUCACAGCAGGACUCACUGAUUGGAGUGAGUGUCCAGAGUUGGGAGCAAUUGGGGACUUGUUGGCUUCAGCAGAUUUUUCAGCCACUGCUUCUGUGUUGAUAGUGCAACAAUAUGUUGGGGUAGAGUUGGAAGAAGAUGGGUUGGGAGCACCAGGACCAGACAAUACUGUGAUGACAAAUGAAGAAUAUGUCACUCAAAAUGACCAUCCUUCAACACCACCAAGGGAACACAAUUUGUUAAAUGAAGAACGUUUGUGAGUAAUUAAACUAUAUAUAUAUUGUGAAGUCCUACAAUGCAAUCUUAAAAGAAAGAGGCUAGUGGCUACCACAGACUUUUCAAAUGCAUUUGCUUCGUCCAGUUUGAUGACAAAAUGCAAAAGGAAAGAGAUAUGUACGAAAUUGUAGAGUACAAAAUGUGAGAUAGGUGAGGAAUUGAAGUAGAUACCAUGUAAAAUUAUUUCUCUCUUUGCUCUUGAAUAUUGGUCACGUUUCACUCCUAUUGGUAAACUUCUUUUGAGUCAAAAUCCAUACAAGUCUUUUGGUACUAGAUAUAUAGCAAUCGAUGAAUACAUAAUUAGAAAUUGUAUUUUUUACUUGUAUGA